CUCGUCAGUCCUCAUGUGGGUGUGGCACACAGGUGUCACUCAUUAACACUGGGACCUAUUAAUAUGAAUCAGUAAAGAGGGCACACGCUGUUGAUGGAUUAAGCAGAACCAUGUUUACUCUUAGUGUUGUCUUUGCUUUAGUGCUUUUGAGCUGCAGCCAGCUGAUAUCUGCAGGCACUGUAGUUACGUGUAUAGAUUCUGAACUUUAUCUCAGCUGCGAUGUUGGUGUGAUCUUCGUGAAGUCUGUGACACUAGGAUCACAAAGCACUCGUUAUUGUGGACCUGCAAAACCACAAAAUGAAAUUAGGUGUUUUGCAAUUCCAGUUCCAGCAGUCGCUAAAUGGUGUAACGGACGGGAAGAGUGUGACGUAGACAAGCAACAAGUUAUUGGAGAAGAUCCCUGUUUUAACCCCUACACGUACUACACUACCACCUACACUUGUGUCCCAGGAAAAACGAGUGUAACUUGUGAAGGCAAAAAUAGUGAAUUGAAGUGUGCACGUGGUAAGCUUAAGGUAAUUGCUGCAAACUAUGGACGUACUGAUGAUUUCACUUGCUUGGAAAGACGUCCAAUCAAAAAGCGCAUAAAUACAAAAUGCUUUGCACCGAACUCACUGGAUCUUGUGCAACAAAGUUGCGAAGGGAAAAGAAGCUGCACAGUAUCCGCCUCCAAUGAUGUUUUCUCUGAUCCAUGUGUCGGCACACGCAAGUACCUGUGGAUCUCCUAUAACUGUUCAUGGGUGAUGCACUCCAGCGUUGUUUUCAUCAUUCCUCGUUAUCCUUUAGAACUAGAGGCCGGUGUGGUGCACAGGUGUCGCUCAUUAACACUCAAAUCAGCGGCCUAUAAAUAUGAAUCAGCAAAUGCUGCAUUCAUCAUUGAGGGAAACAGCAGAACCAUGGGUUUUCUUAGUGUCGUUGUUGCCUUAGUGCUGAUGAACUGUGGCCUGCUGAUGUCUGUGUCUGUAUUUGAUUCCAUACAAGACACUCAGGAGUCUGAUUAUGACAAUACUGUAAUUACAUGCAAGGAUUCUGACCUUCGUCUCCGUUGUGGUGUUGGUGUGAUCUUCAUUAAGUCGGCAAGAUUUGGUCACCGAACCACCCGCAUCUGUGGCCCAGCAAAGCCACGUGUUCGAAUGGAUCCUGCUAGGUGUCUUCCAGAUAUUCCUCUUGUACCUAAAGGGUGUAAUGGACGGGCAGAGUGUGUGAUAAAGAAGGAAAGCAUUUCAAGACCAGAUCAUUGUGUUUUUACCCAUUACACCACCAACUACAUUUGUGUCCCAGCAAAAACUAUUGAGAUUUGUGAAGGUGAUAAUGGGGUCUUGGAAUGUGAACAUGGUAAGAUUAAGAUCCUUUCUGCAAACUACGGACGUACAGAUUAUACCACCUGCUUGAGAAGACGUCCAUUUGGGCGGCGCCUAAACACGGAGUGCUUUUUGCAAAAUUCGCUGGAACUUGUGUCAGAAAGGUGUGACGGGAAAUACUGCUCCUUGACUGCCUCCAACGAUGUCUUCUCUGAUCCCUGUUUGGGUACACGCAAGUACCUGCAGGUCACCUACUCCUGUCCUGCAAAUGAAGACUGAUCUUAAGGAUUUUGACUUUAUUUGAGCAUCUCUACAACCAUUGACUAUCACGACUGCAUUUAAACCUGAUCUUGUGUAGAUAUAAUUGGUACAAAAUGUUUAUUGCAGUUGACUGACCACAUGAGUAACAGAUUUAUUCACUGUGGCUGUACAAAUUGCAAUCUGUGACUGCAUUAGACCAUGGUUUAGUUUCUGUAAGUGCUAACUCUAUUGUAUGACGUAGAUUGAUUCAAUUUGUGUUCAUCUUUCAUAAUUCCUGGUGUUUGGAGUUUGCUUUUAAAUAAAUCCUUUAUCAAAUGA